GUUAACAUCUGCAUAGCUCAGCCUCACAACAAGUUUUGAGUUUGUGUUUCAGUUUUCUAAUCAACAAUGAAGGAGUUCGACGAUUUCAAUUUUAGCGUGGAUAAAUACACCAAGGAGUUGACUCGGGAAUGUGUGGGAGGAAGCGAUUUGCAGCAGCGAAAAAAGGAAAUCGAAGCCUACAAUGAACAAACGUCAGCAACGCUCAAGCAGACCUGCAAAAAGAACUAUAUGCAGUUUAUACAAACGGCCAAGGAGAUCUCACACCUGGAAUCGGAAAUGUACCAGCUGUCGCAUAUUCUCAUCGAGCAACGCAACAUUUUGGCCACCAUGACCGAUGGGAAGACGAGCAGCCACCUGAAAGCGGACAGCAUCGAGGCCGAGAGCAGUGCGGCCACUGAGGAUGUGGAGAACAGUCAAGCGACGCGCGCCGUAAAGGAAAUGGUGCAGGGCUUUAAUGGGAAUCUUGAAGGAAAAACGUUCCUAAACGAGGGAGCCCUUAUUGAAUUGGAUGCCAAUGAUUACCGGCCCAUACAGCGCGUGUUCUUUUUUCUGUUCAACGAUGUGCUUAUUGUGUGCAAAGUGAAGCAUGAUAAGCGCCUGGAGUUUCUUACGGAAUUCGAUCCCAAGAAGAUAGCCGUAAUCAAUAUUAAAGAUCUGGAUGGCGUUAAGAAUGCCAUCAACAUUAUAACGCCGGAUGGUUCCAAGAUAUAUCAGAGCAUCACAGCUGCCGGCAAGAGCGAAUGGAUUGAGAAAUUGGAAGAUGCUUUUCGCUUUGACCAGCAAAAGAAACCAAAGAAGGGACAAGCACCGCAGCCACCAAAUCGCUCCAAACAACAGCAGCAGCAACAGCAAUCCCAAUCGAAAAGUGCCACGCCCGAGAAAUUACCUGAGCAAAGUCCCACAGAUACGCAACCAAAAUCCCUCGAGGAUGAAACACCCGAAUGGCUAAGCACGGCCAGCGAGGAAAUUCAAACACUGGUGGCUCAACGUCACUUCGAGGACGCACAGUCCUUGAUCAAGCGCACCCAGGAGUUUCUUAGCGUUGCCCAGCACAAAAAGAAACUGCUCCAGGCGGACGUAAUUGAGGCGAAGAUUAAGCAGCAGGAGCAAAAGCUUACAAAUGUGCUGCUCCAGGAACUGUCCAACAGCCACAAUCGCAAUUUACAAAUUGCACUGCGUGAAGUUCGACGACCUCUCAAGAUACUUGUCGAAAUGGGUCGCUCUCGACAGGCGAGUACCACAUUACUAAAGGUCUGUACGGUUAGUCUUCGUGUGGCACAACGCGAGGCGCGUCGUAACAACGCAGAAAUAUCGGAACUUUUCUUCUGCGACUUAACGCAGGUGGCAUGCGAUUUUCUUAGCGCCUUUGAGCAGCAGCCAGCAUGUGUUAGCGCUCUCGUCGUGUGGUGUAAUGCGGAACUGCAGUACUUUGCCAGCCAGUUGAUCAAACACUAUCUGACAAAGGGCACCUCCUUGGAGGCAGUGGCCAAGUGCGUGGAACGCGUGCGCAAGCCGGCCACGAAGCUAACCGAAAUUGGCUUGGAUAUAAGUUACCAUUUGGAGGGUCUGUUGCGUACAACGCUCGAGUCGCUUAUUGAGGAGUCUAAACAGCGCUUGUUGGAUGCCGUGGGUCGCACCGAAGAGAGCUGGCAGCCGUACAAUUUGCAAACGAAAUCAAAUUUGAAGCGAUUGUUGCUAGAAUUGGAUACGUUAGGCAUUGAUAUACGCGGCCAGACCACUGGUGACACAUGGCUGAAUCUUACCCAAUCCACAGUCGUUUUUAUACGUCAAUUUCUGCUACUGACCGAACAUUGCGGCUGCCUGGGAAAAGGUGAAACGCUGCUGCAGAGCCUGGAACAUCUGUUGCGCGAUCUGUUUUUGGCGCAUCAUGCCCUGAAGCCACCCAGCGAUAUGUCGAUGGAUCCCAACUUUGUGAUGAAGAACAAAAUCUUUCUGGUGGACAAUUUGCUGCCCAUUGCCAUUGAGAAGUUCCGCAAGACAUCAGGUCGCCAGUGCGAGACACUGAGGGAGCUCCACACGAAGCUUUCUCGUCAACACGGUGCGCCAGUGCCGCGUCAGCGGAGCGUCUAUACGACCGACGUUUUUUAAUAAGAAUAGACGACUUUACUUUUGAUUACAUAUAUAAUUUUUUAUUUUUCUUUUU